CAUUGUGUAUCAGGGAUUAUAUUCGGCAACACCUGCACCGCACCUCCACUACUUUCAAAAGGCUCUAGUUGAAGCUACACCAGUUUCUAAGAGUGUUUCUACGGUUCUAGUGACGGAUUAACAAGAUUUCUAUAUUAUUAACAAGAUAAAUAGUCUUGAUAACCCGGCUAGUCAUCUCUGUGGUCUUUGAAAAUAGUCGUGGUGAGAGAGCAAAGUGUUUCUGGAUAUGAACACAGAUUCUUAGUUUAAUUUUCACUUUUAUUCUGUCUGGGAGAAACUGGUGGUGCUUGCUGUGGUCAAAGAUUCCUAUUCUCUCUCACUGCAAGAUUUCAAGAAGUCAUCAAGCUCCCACGUGAACAGAGACAACACGAACAGAACAGAAGGCAGAGUUACACCUAACGCACAACUCCACGAUGAUGCGUCUCCUGGAGGUGGUGGUGGUGGUGGUGGUGGCUGUGAUGGGAACGGUAGAGGCUUCACCACAGUACUCGUAUCCAUCAGGUCGCCGUGGAUUGUGCAAAGCGGCGUGUCCUCGUAUUUACAUCCCGGUGUGCGGCACGGACGGGAUCACCUACCCCAACAGCUGCGUGCUUGACUACUACGCCUGCAGGUUCAACAAUGUCUCCUACGCUUACCCGGGAAACUGUGAUGUCAGAAGCAGGGAUAACCACAGGCCCUGUCCACUCGUCUGUCCAUACCUGUACGCGCCCGUGUGUGGCAGUGACGGCAUUACCUACCCCAACACUUGCGCCCUGGACGCCGCAGCAUGCAAAGAUCCAGCUAUCACGCUGGCAUAUGGCGGGCAGUGUGUGGCCAUAACACACGAGCAGAAGCCAUGCCCUGACACCUGCCCCUUCGACUACUCGCCCGUGUGUGGAAGUGAUGGCAACACCUACGCCAACAAGUGCACCUUUGAGUCCAGCGCCUGCACUGAUUCCUCGCUGCAUAUAGUGGCGUACAGAUCCUGUGAUUCUUCCGCGGCCCAACCUCCCUGCCCGCAAACCUGCCCUGGUGAAUACAACCCCGUGUGUGGCAGUGACGGCAACACCUAUGGUAAUCUGUGCGCCCUGCAGGUUGUCUCCUGCCGCGACCCCUCCCUCAGGAUGACCAGCCGGCGAGAGUGUGGAGCGCCCUUCAAUACAUGCCCUGACGUGUGCCCCGAUCAGGAGGACCCCGUGUGUGGCAGCGACGGCGUCACCUACAGGAAUGAAUGUGUGUUUCAAGCCGCCACUUGUAGGGACGCCACCGCCACCAGUACUGCGGGGGAGUGUGUCGCCGAGCCCCAACCUUCCUGCCCCGUGCUGUGUCCCGCCUACUACCUCCCCGUGUGCGGCACUGACGGAAAAACCUACGCUAACCAGUGCCGGCUGGAGUCUAAGGCGUGUGAUAACCCCUCCCUCGCCACAGACUACUCUGGGGAAUGUCAAGAAGAAAACAACAACAACAGCGACAACAACCCAAGCAAAACACCAACACACUCUUUCUUCACACCACCAGGCACCACCACCACCACCACCACGACCACCACCACCACCCCGCCGCCCCAGUCCUUCACGCUCUUCCCUCCCCGCCCCUUCUGCCCCAACACGUGCGGGAGGGGGUUCCGGCCUGUGUGUGGGAGUGACGGGAAGACUUACUACAACCGGUGUCUUCUGAUGCUCAGAGCGUGCUUGAAAAGACGCCAUCUUACUGUCGCUUAUUUGGGUUUUUGUGUCUAGCCCUUCACCGGCCAAUACGGAGGCUGGGAGGUAAUUCAGGAACCAAUCAACGCAGAGAUUCUCCCUGAUUGGCUAAUUCUACCGCCACGAGAACCAGGUGUAUUAUUAUUAUGUCUUCAUUUUCUCCUUCCUUUUCUUUUUCUUUUUUUUUUAUCUUUUCCUUCGUAUGUUUUCUUUCAUUUCUUCCUCUUCCUUUUUCUUUUAUUUCUUGUUUUUUUCUUUUUCUUCUUGUUGUUCUUGUCCUUUUUCUUCUUUUCUUCUUUGUUGCAUGUGACAAUAAUAGUUUAAGAAAAAUGAAAUAAAAAUGCAGAGUAA